AUGCCUCCGAUACUUCCACCCCCCGACGAGCAGGAGUACGAUCAGCCCUCGACAAUCGUUGAGCUACCAGGACGCGACCUGAGCGCUGGAAACAACCUCUUCUUCUACUUCACCUCGUCGCCAUGGUUCGAUCCGGAGGAUUGUAUCAAUAUAGCUGUCUUUACAAACCUCAAUCUCCAGGAUCCGGCUAAUGCCCAACAUGUUAUGAACGACCCGAAACUAUGGAACCAAAGGCUCAAAGACACGCCAACAGGAAUACAAUAUGUAAUAGCUGGCGAAGGGCAGGGUGAGGGCCAUCCAUGGCUACUUCAGCGCCAACACAAGCUCGAGAUUACAAAAGACGAUGGCAACAAGGAGAUUGGCAUGUUUGUUGAGGGUAACUGGUACACGCAUGGAACCAAGGUUCUCAUGGCGCCGAGCUUGCUGGACGUUGUGCAGAGUCGACUACUCACAGUGUCGACGCGCAUGCAACAGAUGGCUGAGAUAUCCAAGAACAUGACACAUUGGACGCCUGCGACCGGGUACUCCUAUUUCCCUCCUUCACACGAAGCUACGAAAGCUGCGGCGACAGCGAGUCGAAUCGGUAGCCCAACGCUGGCGCCAACGGAUCCAGACGUCGCGGGCUCGCAAUCACAGGGCGCAGGAGCGGGUGCGACGGCACAGGCGACAGAUCCACUGGCAUCUACCACGGAGUUCUCCGACGCACUAUUCAUGCAUUCGCUAAAUCUCACAAACGCGUACGGAGACGAGUACAUGGACGAGAACCCACUGAAGGGCGAGCCAGGCGCGUUCGUCUUCGAGGGUACCAAGACCGCCGUGAGCGCGAGGAACAAGGCCCAAGAGCAAGCAGCGCAAGCAACGCAGUCGGCACCAACCGUGGGACUGAAAAUCGAGACACAGCCGCCGAGCGUAGCGCCAUCUGUUGUAGGCACACCGAAGACGAUAGGGACGCCGACUACAUUGGAGGCACAGGGUAAGAAAGGCACCAUUGCUGCCGCGCCCAAGAGGAAGAAGGACAGGAGGAAGAGUCAAGGUGGAUUAACGAGUCCGAGCACGCCGAGUGUGCCGUAG